AUUUUAUUGUACACACACAAAGACCCUUUCUUGUGCGUCUCGACACACUUCUCGACUGCUUGCGUCGUCCAUCCUCCUCCUCCUCCUCCUCUUCCACGCCCUCGGCACCUCGUCGAACACUGUUUCCGCGCCGGCACAACGACCCGAGGUCUUCCAUACACGCCAAGCAUCUGGCUUGUUCGGAAGCCACUCUUUCCCAACCAUGGCGCCCUCCGCCUCGACCGCUACGGCGACCAAGAACAUCCCCUCCAACGACAAGACCAUUCGAGUCAAUGGCAAGGCCAGCUCGCCAGAUCUCCCCGCGCAGGAGCUGCAGAGGGACCCUCUAGAGGUCAAAUACCGCGACUUCUUCUGGACUUACACCGAGGAGCCUCACCGGACAAGGCGGCUGGCCAUCAUCAAGGCUCACCCCGAGGUUACCAAACUCUGCGGUCCCGAGCCAUUGACAAAAUAUGUGGUCCUCGGUGUCGUGGCCCUCCAGAUCGCUUGCGCCUACGUCCUCCGCAACUACUCCUUCUUCUCCUGGCAGUUCUGGGCCCUUGCCUACGUCGUCGGUGCCACUGCCAAUCAGAACCUCUUCCUGGCCAUCCACGAGAUCAGCCACAACCUCGCCUUCCGGUCGCCCACUGCCAACCGUCUGUUUGCCAUCAUUGCGAACCUGCCCAUUGGCAUUCCCUACAGCGCAUCAUUCCGCCCCUACCAUCUUACCCACCACAAGUCUCUCGGUGUUGAUGGCCUGGACACCGAUCUCCCCACUGCCCUCGAGGCCGUCUUUCUCGACUCGAUCCUCGGCAAGGCCUUCUUCUGCACAUUCCAGAUCUUCUUUUAUGCCAUUCGCCCCAUGACGGUCUUCCCAGUUCCGUUCACCCGGGUUUCGGCGACCAACUUGGCCGUGCAGUUCAUCUUCGACUACGUGAUCCUGACGACCAUGGGGAAGGAGGCCAUGCUGUACUUUCUCCUCUCCUCGUUUCUUGCCGGCUCUCUGCACCCUCUGGCUGGCCAUUUCAUAGCCGAGCACUAUGUGUAUGAGACCGUCACGCCGACCCAGAAGGACCCAAACAACCGCGUGCCGCUGCCUGAGACUUUCAGCUACUACGGCCCUCUCAACUUCUUGACUUACAACGUUGGCUAUCACAACGAGCACCACGACUUCCCGGCUGUUCCUUGGACCAGACUGCCCAAGCUCUACGAGAUUGCUCGCGAGUUUUACGACGAGCUCCCUCGGCACGAGUCCUGGACAUAUGUGCUGUGGCGCUUCAUCUUUGACGAGAACGUCGGCAUCCGAUGCCGCGUCAAGCGCAAGGAGGGCGGCCGCCUUGUUGGUCAGACCAAGGCUGCGACCGCGGCGCAGCCAGUAGCUCAGGUGGCCGACUGGAAGGAGGAUGAGCUCGAGGCAUAGAUAUGGGAACGUGUCAGGACUUGGUUAAAAUAUGGGUAUAGAUUGCUGGAUCGGCGUUAUUGCCGUGCAAAUAGAAAUGGGGUGGCGGCCAUUGCAAAAAGCACGAUAGAGGAUGACUUUUGAUCUCAUCGUCUGGGAUUUUAAUGUUAGAAGUGGCUGGUUCACAAUUUUAUAAUGGAUUUUUUUUUUCGAG